GCUCUCUAUUGCAUUGCCAUUAAUCAUCGGAUUAACCUGAGUACUUAAACAUCCACACGCCAAUAAUCCCGAUUGCUCGUUUUCAAUCUAGAGACAUAGGCGAAAGAAAAAUGACUUCUCCCACGGCCCUUAUAAUUGGUGGUACUGGAGCUCAAGGAGUACCGAUUGUCGAAGAGUUGGCCAAUCAUGGAUUUCAAGUUCGAGUUCUCACAAGAGACGUUACCUCGAGCAACGCAAAAAAACUCUCAGAGCUUCCAAAUGUGACCUUCUCUCUGGGUGCCGUGGACUCUGUUCCUGACCUGAAAAGAGCAUUCCACGGAGUUGACUAUGCAUUUGUCAAUCUCAACAGUUGGGCCCUGGGUAUCAAGGAUGAAAUAUUUUGGGGGAUUCGAAUAUUCGAAAUUGCAGUACAGAGUGGUGUUCAGCACUAUAUAUGGUCAUCACUUGACAACUUUUUUUUGGAAACGAAGUAUGAUGACUCUUUUCGAUCUGUUCAUUAUUAUGGCAAGGGUCAUGUUGAACAGUGGAUAUCCGCGCUGCCCCAAUCGCCUAUGAGAUGGACAAUUCUUGCCACAAGCCCGUAUCUUGAGCAACUGUGGGGUUUAAUGAGGCCAACCAAGGGCGAGAAUGGUGUUUACGAUUUUCGCUUCCCUGUUAACGAUGGUGGCUUCCCAUUGACUUGUUUGGAUGAUAUGGGAUACUACGUUCGUUGGAUCAUCGAACAUCCAGAAAGAUCUGCGGGGAUGAAUCUUAAACUAGGAGUGGAACACGUUACGCCAAACAUUCUAGCCAAAGCCCUCACAGAGGCUACAGGUCUACCUGCAAAGGGAACUAAUAUUGAACUGGACCAAUGGUUUGAGGACGUCAGCUGGGGCCCCUCUCGAGAACAUAAAAUGGGCUCUACCACGGCCGGACCAAAUGACCCAACACUACAUACAGUAUAUGAAAGCUUCUCUGGUUGGUGGAAAAUGUAUCAGCAUUCUAUUAACAAUACAGGCUUAAUCAAGCGCGAUUAUGCGCUUUUAGAUGAGAUCCACCCUCACCGAACCAGGAGUGUCAAAGAAUGGAUGCAGAAGGUCCACUAUGAUGCGGAUAAACUCGACAUCGUCACGGUGACUGCACCAAUGGCGUUGUAAUAAUUGAGCAAUUAUUUUUAUCUUAUUGGCCCCCAGUAUGGAAAAGCAGGGAGUAAGAGAUGGACUACAAUGCAGAC